GAGUAUGUGAAUGAACAGUUCGGAUAGCCAAAAUAUCAGUAGCGUAUACGACGUCUCAAGUCUAUACUACUUAUCGAUAUAAGACACGAUAAAUCGUGUCAACACAGCAGAGAUAAAAAUGGUGUCAAACGGCGACCUUGAUCGUCAAAUAGAAACUCUCCGAAAUUGUGAACUGAUCCGAGAGGCAGAGGUCAAGCUUAUCUGUGCGAAGGCGCGGGAGAUAUUGGUAGAGGAGAGCAAUGUGCAGCAGGUCAGCUCACCCGUAACGAUCUGUGGGGACGUGCACGGACAGUUCUACGACGUACGUGAACUGUUCAAAGUGGGAGGCGACAUCCCCACCACAAACUACCUAUUCCUGGGUGAUUUCGUAGACCGAGGCUACUUUUCCGUCGAGACUUUCCUCUUAUUAUUAGCUCUGAAGGUGAGAUACCCCGAUCGCAUCACGCUUAUCCGUGGUAACCAUGAGAGCAGGCAGAUCACUCAAGUGUACGGCUUCUACGACGAAUGUCUGCGCAAAUUCGGCAGCGUCAGCGUCUGGCGUUAUUGUACUGAGAUCUUCGACUAUCUCUCUCUAUCCGCACUAGUGGAUAAUAAGGUAUUGUGCGUACACGGGGGUCUAUCUCCGUCAAUCAACACGUUGGAUCAGAUUAGAACCAUCGACCGAAAGCAGGAGGUGCCGCACGACGGGGCUAUGUGUGACCUCAUGUGGUCAGAUCCUGAGCAAAUGGAGGGUUGGGGUUUGUCCCCACGUGGUGCCGGUUAUCUGUUCGGCGGUGAUGUGGUGGCACAAUUCAACGCGGCUAAUGGUCUCGAUCUCAUUUGUCGGGCACACCAAUUGGUUAUGGAGGGUUACAAGAUGAUGUUUGACGAUAGUAUAUGCACGGUUUGGUCUGCGCCUAAUUACUGUUACAGGUGCGGAAACGUGGCUUCGAUCUUAGAACUAGACGAGAAUUUGGUCCGAAAAUUCAAAAUAUUCGAGGCGGCUCCUCAAGAAGAGAGAAACUUACCCUCAAAGAAACCCAUUGCCGAUUAUUUCCUCUAAAUAAAUACAUAUUUGACAUCCAAAGUGGUAUUGAGCA